UGAGAUAACCCAAUAAAACUUUUACAGAAAAAAAAUAAAGAAAAUAAAACCCUACUCUCUCUCCCCUACACCUGAGUAAUUUGCAUAAAGCAACAUAUAAUUUUUUCUUUUUUAAAUCGGUCAUGUAACCACAUAAAAAUUGCAGUGGAAGGAUUGGCCCACACUACACGUUCAAGAACUCUCGAUUUUUUAUCUUUCUUUUCAAUAUACUUGUUUUUCUUUUCCUUUUAAUAAAUUUCCUUUUGCGAUGUAAAUAUUUCCACCACAAAUUUCAACAGUAAAAGAUAAUUAAGAAGAAAUUGCAUAACAGUGAGAAAGAGGCCAAUUCAAGGCUAUAAAUAUGCAUGUGCACUCUCUUCUUAAAUACAAAACCAACUCAUCAAGGGUUGUUUAAUGCCUUAGCCAUCUCUCUAGUUUAUAUAUAUAUAUAGCUUAAAUUAUUGUUUGCUAGCUUCUCUAAUUACUUAACACACACAAACACACACUAGAUCUCUCUGUUUUGAUCUUGAAAAUGUUGAGCCUAGCUCAAAAUGUCGUUUCCAAAGUGGGGAUUGUCGUUUCAGGAGAGCAACAACGCAUCGAAGGCGAGGUCAGCUUGUUCUCCAUGUCCGAUAAGAAGAUUACUGACCUUAUCUACGCUACUCAUGUCCACGCCGAUGACACAUUCGACGAAGACUCACUUUUUGUCAUCGUCGAAAAUAUUCUCACUCGUGCAACUCAGUCCAUUGAAAAACUUGUUCAGGGAAGCCAAGUUCAUCUGGAGAACAUAGAAGACAGAGCCCCUGCAAAAGCUAACUUCAAUGUUCCCUUAUGCACCCUCAAGUCGAUCAAUAGCGAGCUGUGUUGCAAGGCUCCGGGAGAGGCAACAGCCCAUAAAACAACACUGUCGAUUCUGAACAAGCUAUCAAACUAUUCAUGGGAAGCAAAGGCAGUGUUGGCACUGGCUGCUUUGGCCUUAGAAUUUGGAGAUUUCUGGCUUUUGGCUCAGCUAUACCAGUCCGAUCCUUUGGCCAAACAAUUGGCCAUUCUCAAAAGAGUGCCUACUCUCAUCAAGCCAUCUGAGCUUCCAAAACGCCGCCAAGCUAUUCUUGAGCUUAGCAAUCUCAUCAAAACCACUAUGCGAGUCAUAGCAAUCUUUGAUGAGUUUGAGAAGCUCUCUGUUUAUGACCAUAAAGACAUCCCUGGCUUGACUACUGCUUUGGACCAUUUGCCUGUCGACGUUUAUUGGUCUAUUCUUACUAUUACAGCUUGUGCUACUAAGGUUUCUAUUCUCAUCAGUGAUGAACCGGAUAGGCCUCAUGAUUUGUCCCCUUAUGCUCAAAAAAUCCAUUACAUUCUCAACCAGCUUAAUAUGCAGCUCACUAUCUGCAGAAGACAGCUAGAGGAGGCAGAGGCUUACAGAAAAAUCAAAAAGAUCAUGCGAACCCCAACUGAAAUCAUGGAGAUUUUCAAGGCCUUGAUCUUCCAGAAGAACAAUGUGCAGCCACUUAUUGAUGGUUCCACAAACAAAACGGUGACAAUCGAAGUACUAAGGAAGAAAACAGUGUUCAUGUUCUUCUCGAGCCUUGAUAUCACAGACGACGACAUCACUAUCCUCAAACCUACUUACGACAUAAUUACAAAGAAAGAUACAAACUACGCAAUCGUUUGGAUUCCAAUUGUGGAACAAUGGACAGAGGAGCUGAAGAAGAAGUACGAGAUUUUGAGAUCAAAGAUGCCAUGGUACAGUUUGCAGCUAUUUACUCCGAUUUCAGGGAUAAAGUUCAUUAAGGAAGAGUGGCAAUUCCAGGGCAAGCCUAUGCUGGUGGUGACCAACCCACAAGGGAAAGUGGAGAACCUCAAUGCUUUUCAUCUUAUUAGAGUUUGGGGUCUUAAGGCCUUUCCUUUCAACAAGAAAGCUGGGGAAGAUAUGGACAGAGAAUUUCACUGGAUUGGUCCAGUUGUCAACAACAUCCACCCAACUAUCGAGACUUGGGUGAAAGAGGAAAAGUAUAUCUUCUUCUAUGGUGGAAAAGACAACGAUUUGAUCCAGACAUUCACGAAGAAAGUCACAGCCCUCGUGAACGAUCCUUUCCUCAAGGAAGCAAAGAUCAACAUCGAACUGUUUUGCGUAGGAAAGACAGCCAAAGGAGGAGAAGACCACGGCAUUCUAGGGCGGUUCUGGACUGGAAUCGAGAGCUUGUUCUUCACCAAGGCUAACAAGGACGUUGACCCAGUAACUCUAGAGAUCCAAAAGCUUCUUUCUUACAAGAACGAGAGUGCAUGGGCUGUUCUCAGCAAAGGAUCUUCGGUGGUCACCACAGGCCAUGGCUCGGCCAUACUUAAGGUCAUUGAGGAGUUUGAACUGUGGAAGGAAACCAUUAAGGUUAAGGGUUUCGAGGUAGCUUUCAAGGAACAUUACACUAAGGUCACUCAAACUGUUCGCCACUGUUGCCGUCUUGAUGUCCCUGUUGUCGCCGGGAAAGCUCCGGAUAGGAUGAAAUGCCCAGAAUGCCCCCGGGUGAUGGAGACUUACGUCAGUUACAAGUGUUGCCACGUCGAUGGACCACAUCACUAAUUAAGAUACUUAAUAUUCUAUCUCUAAUCGCGUGGCUGUCUCUCUUUCUAGGGGUCAUUGUUGUUAAUCCGAUGGUGAGAAUUGUGUUUUGAGUUGUGUCUGGUUUUGGUUUUAGUGUAUAAUAAUGGGCAAUAGAUUGCUUGCCAUACGCGUGGUGGUGGUCUAUUCAUCUAUUGCCCUCGGAAUCUUGAUAUUUUGUGUUUUAUGUUUCGGAAACAUGGUCCCAAUAUAUAUAUGUACCUAACUUAUUUUAUGUUAAAUAAGUAUGAAAGGUUUGUUUUUGUU